AUGAGGUUUGUCCAAUAUAUUCCGACUGGAAUUCCAAACGAAGAUGGUGAGUUCCCGGGAAGGAACUAUACAGUUGGAAAAGUCAUACAACAACUGUAUGAUAUUAGGAAAGCUUCAAACCCCAAACUUGCAAUGACACUCAAAUUGCUUAUGAAUUCGACAUGGGGAUAUUCCAUUAAGAAACCUCAAGAGAUGAAGAGUAAACAUUAUGAGAAGGUCGACAACUUUGUUGAAAGGUUUUCUCCUUUUGUUUUGAAGUACGAAUUCACUCAAGGUCAAAGUUGUUGUGCAUGA